AUGUUACCUUCUGUAACUUCAAUAAAAGAGUUCGAAACAUAACCUUUGGUAAGGAAAAUCAUGAAAUCUUAAUUUGAAAGUCCUAAAAAAUCUAGCAAUAGUACUCACGAGAUUAUUUAAAAAUCUUGUAAAUCUUCUUAUCAAUAAUACAGAAAAUAAAGAAAUCAAUAAGAAACUAUUUAGGUUCAGAAAUUAUUCUUUAGGAACCAACCAAGUACAUCAAGAGAGACUCCUCCCUCUUUUUUAUUAACUCGACACUUUGAACGAAGGCCAGAAGUCAAAGAGUCCACAAUCUAAGAAACAAAAUAUUAAGAAACAAUUAAAUUUCAUCAAGGAAGAUUAAUAUAGGAUUAAAAUUAAAAAGAUAAUAAUUUAGUUAAGAGUUACUCUAGAUUUCGUUUAUAAGAAAAUGUUUGUCAAAGAUAGAUCAUUACUUCUCAACAUUCAUAAAGAAUUAAAACAUCAACUGACUAAGAAUGUAGAUAUUUUGUUAAAUAAAAUGGGUAAUAAAUCAAUAAUACUUUAGGAUGAAAUAGAUAGUUAUAGUAAAUUAGUUGUAUCUAAAUACAAAUACUUUGUAGUAUAUCUUUAUGUAUGUACCAGAUCAUUCUGUUAAAGACAAGCAUGCAUUCUAAGAAUUUGUUGCCGUAGUUAAAAAUAGGUAUAAUUGUAAAUUAUGUGACACUUCAGACUGAAGAUAAAUUCCAAGAAAUUAUAUUUCUAUUUGAAAGAUGGAACUCCAGUCUACUCACAUCUUGAUAUUCCAAUCAAUUAGAGUCUUCUUAUUUAUUCUACUUCUACAGUCUAUAAAGAAAUAUUCAAUGCUUAAUUAUUGUACCUUGAGAAUUGUUGUUAAUAACAUCAUUGUGAAUAAACAAUAAGAAGAACAGAACCAGAUUAUUCACAUCAUGUUGAUGGCAUAAUUAAUACUCUUAUAUAUUAGAAUUAUUAAUCAAUAAAUCAAGAUUAUAGAGUAGAAACAAUGCCUGAGGAAAUUGAAAUCACAUAAGAAUUUUUAACAUCAAAAGAAUUGAAACAUUCAUAUGCUGAAAUAAAAAGAAAUUCUAAUUUCACUCCAAUAAUAAAUUAGAUGUCUAGAAUUAGUAAGACUACAAAAUAAAAAAAUUAAUAUUAAGAAUAUAUGUCAAAUGAUUAUAUUGUAAAAAAUCCUAAGAUAGAGAAAUUAGAAAAGAUUGAAGGAUGGUAUGAUUAAGAAUUAAAGAAAAUUAAAUUUACAUAAGAUGAUUAGAAUGAAGAUUUAAUGGCUAUUCAUGUAGAAUAAAUAUCAAGUUAAAAAUUGAUUGAAAAGUAUUUCUAUUUAUAUAUACAUCAUAUAGCCAAAUAUAAUAGGCUGCACAACUUCUAGAACCUCUAUUAAAAAAAUUCUUACACAGAAAAGCUAAUAUUAAUUUAGAUGAAGCACCUGAAGUGAAUUUUAAUAAUGAUUAAAAAGAGUAAAUCAGAAAUUCUACCAAUUUUAUAGAGAAAAAUACAUAAGAACUUAUAACUAAAAAAGGAAGCUUACAUAAAUUAUUGAAUAUUAAUAAGGAUUUAUUUAUAUAAGGAAUUCCAAAAAUAUUAAAAGAUACUAAUUUUUCAAGAUAUGAAUUGCAUAAUACUUAUAUUUUAUAUUGUGCAUUACAAUAAAUCACAUCCUAAAGAUAUAGAUAUUAUAAUGUAGAUGAUGGAGUUGAUUAUGAUACAUAUAGAACAGGGAUAUAUUAAAUAUUUAUGUAAAGUGAAUUUCUUGCAUAAGAAAUAUUCAAUAAAAUAGAUUUUAAUUAUAGUGGUUUUUUGAAUUGGAAUGAAUUUUUAAAAUUAAUGGUUAGUAUAAGAGCAAAAACAUUAAUUGAAAAAUUAGAUCUAUUUAUUUAAAUAUCUGAUUAAGAUGGUAAUGGGUAAUUAUGUUGGGAAGAGAUCUAUCAAUUAUCUAAAGUUUGUUUGGCAAAAUAUAUAUAGAAUACAGAUGAUUUUUUGGAUAUGCUUUGUGAAUAUUAUACAAGAUUAAUAUUUAAAGUAGUAGGCAAAGAACCUCAUGAAGAAAUCCCAUUUUCUGCAAUUAAAUAGGCUAUUUUAGAUCAAAAAGAAGAUUCAGAUUUAUUAUGUAUGUUUUGUGGAGCUGAUAUUUGA